AUGAGUGAAGAAGUCUCGCAUGAGACGGCCACGGAGUCCACGACGACGGACAAACCAUGGGAAACGGAGAAAGGUAUUCGUAAGAUGGCAGACUUGCUGCGAGGACGCAAGGGUAUGCCCUCCCGUCAUGCUGUAGAGCUUGGUAAACGUGUGGAGUAUUUCCGUGGUGAUCGUCUGGCCACGUUCCUGCUUGCCAGCUCCAUGGCGAAGAAAUACUUUCCAGAGCUCAAGACCAAGGAAGAUGUUGACUCUGUGGGCCAUGCACUGGUGCAAAACAGCUACAUUCAUCGCUCUGAGCGUGAUGCAAAGAACAAGAAAUUGCUGAAACCGACGCCCGAUCAGGACUUUUCUCCUGAUGGCUACUACACGUGGAUGUACGAAGGUUCCAAGACUCUGAGAAACAUUAUGACGGCGCUACUGAUCAUUGGGUUUUUGAUAAUCACGUGCUUCCCUAUUUGGCCACAAUGGGCUAAGGUAGCGCUGUGGUAUAUGUCGGUUACCUUCCUUAUCUUCGUUGCUAUCUUCGUGGUGGUCCGUCUCUUCAUCUUCUUCAUGCUCUGGAUGAUUGGUUACGAGUACUGGCUACUGCCCAACAUCUUUGAUGAUAACCUCUCGGUUGCAGACUCGUUUGUACCUCUCUACUCGCUGCGCUCGACGGACCCAUCCGAGCGUAUUUACCGCAUUAUUGGACUUGUUGCUUUCACAUGCUUUUCGGUGUGGGUGAUGAACCAGCCGACGGACUUCGAUGAGUAUAUGGAGCUGACAAAGCAGUUCACGGACGAUAUUUACAGUGGCAAGCUCCUGAGCGAUAUGUCACAGAAAGAUCAGGAUAACAUUGACGCCGUGAAGGUGCCGGACCUCGAGGAUCUUCUCAAGGACGAUGAUGAAGACGAGGAGGACCAGGACGCUAAGUUUGCUAAGAUCUUAGACGAGGAGGAAGACGAGCACUCGAAAUCGGAAGCGACGGAGGAUGAUGAUGACGAAGUGGUAGACAGGGAUUUGUAG